GUUUUCUUCCCCCCUCCCCAAAUCCCUUCCUUCCUUAGCCCUUUUCCUGCCCGCCCGCCCGCCUCGCCUGCAGAAGAGCAGGGAGCAGGCGGGCAGGGAAAGGGGAGCCGGGGCUGGAAGGAAGGGGGGGAAAAAGGGGGAGCGAGAAAGAAAGAAAGAAAGAAAGAAAAGCUGAGCCGCGGCGAGAGAAGGACGACUCCGGCGGGAAAGGAGGACUAGCAGCGGCAGAAGCGGCCGAGGAAGAGGAUUCGGCUUGUGGGUGGCUUUCUUUCGCCUUGUUUGCAAACUGCGCCCUUUUAACAUUUUUCAAUUUUUUAAAAAAAUUUUUUUCCACCGGGCCGGAUCCGCCCGGACUCUGCUCUCGGCUCCAUCACGUGGCUGCCCUCUGGCGAGGCAGUAGGAGACAGCAGAGCUGGCCUCUGCAAAGGGAGAGGCUGGACGUCCCAACUCUUGGUGCUGAAUGGCUACUAUGGCGCCCGCUCUCACUGACGCAGCAGCUGAAGCUCACCAUAUCCGGUUCAAACUGGCUCCCCCAUCCUCCGCCCUGUCUCCUGGCAGUGCCGAAAACAACGGCAACGCCAACAAUAUCCUUGUUGCCACCAACGGCACGAAAAGGAAAGCUGAGGAUUCCAACCUAGAUUUCCGAAAUAACUCUACAAAGGAAGAGCUGGGAAAGCUGCAGCCUCUGGUAGCGUCUUACCUCUGCUCGGAUGUAACUUCUGUUCCUUCAAAGGAGUCUUUGAAACUGCAAGGGGUCUUCAACAAACAGACAGUCCUGAAAUCCCAUUCUCUAUUAUCUCACUCCUUCUUGAAAACUGGUGACCUGUUGGCAAGGCAGCCAGUGUUUUCCUUGGAGAACCUAAAAAACAUGAGUGCUAGUAGCCAGACACCUCUGCCGCAGGCACCUGUCAAUGGCUUGGCUAAAAAAUUAGCAAAGAGCAAUAGCUCUGAUCAUGAAAACUCGGCUUCGCUGAAUGGUGGGAAGCGUGCUCCUCCUCCGGCCAGCCUUCAGGAUGUUGAUACAAAUAACCCUGGGGGUUCUAAUUUGGGGGACCUGAAAUCAGGUUUGACUAAUUGUACUCUUCCACACAGAAGCCUUGACACAGAGCAUGCUGCUCCAGUUAGCAAUAAUGGCACUGCAAAUAAGCAUGCCCAUAGUUCACCACAACAGUUGCAUGGGCUUGAAGGGAGUGGUGAAAGCAGGUGGUUGUUAUCUGGUAUGCCUGCUUGUUCCAGUGUUGGGAGCAGUAAACCAGCAGAGGAACAGAAGAUCUCUCUGCCAAACAAUUCCCAUAGCAUUCUGGAUUCAGAUAUGAGGACAAGGGUGCUGUUGCGGCGGCAGGCAGACAUUGAGAAUCGUGCUCGCCGGCUACAAAAGCGCUUGCAGGUAGUGCAGGCCAAACAGGUGGAGCGGCACAUUCAGCAACAACUAGGGGGGUUCUUGGAGAAAACUCUGAUCAAGCUGCCAGCUUUGGACUCCCUGAGACAUCGGAGUCAGCUGAUGCUGACCCGCAAGGCAGAAGCAGCUUUGAGAAAAGCUGCAAGUGAAACAAAUACAUCUGAAGGACUGAGCAGCUUCCUAAAUAAUGACUCCAUCUCAGAAGAACUGGAGAGGUUUACUUCCAGUGGGAUGGCUAACCUGCGGUCUUGUGAGCAAGCGUUUGACUCAGAUGUCACGGACAGCAGCUCUGGUGGGGAGUCAGAUAUUGAAGAGGAAGAACUGACCAAAGCAGACACUGAACAGCACCAUGUAUCACUGAGGCGACGGUCAGAAUGGCAGUGGGCAGCAGACAGAGCAGCCAUUGUGAGUCACUGGAACUGGCUACAAGCGCACGUCUCAGAUCUGGAGUACCGAAUCCGGCAGCAAACAGAUAUUUAUAAGCAGAUUCGAGCCAACAAGGGCCUGAUAUUGCUUGGUGAAGCACCUCCCUCUGACCCCAUAUUAGGUGACUCAUCCCACACUCUUAGUGUUGAGGUCAAGUUAGAACCUGGGACUGAGAGACUGGGCACAUGCAUCUCUCAGCCACCAGAGAGCCUUUGUACAUCCGUUGGCAAUACCCAAGAGUCCCUACCUGCCAAAACCUGUGGAGUACCAAGACCUGUCAAUGGAGUCAUUAACACUCUACAGCCAGGCUUGACGGAGCAUGCUCAGGGAGACAGCUCAGAUACAGAGGAGCUGUUGCGUAAAAAACAGAGACUAAACAUGGUGUCUUCAGCUCCUGAUGGAACCUGUGUAGCAGCCCGCACACGCCCUCUCCUCAGCUGCAAGAAGCGACGUCUUGUUCGACCCAGCAGCUUGGUGCCACUCUCCAAAAAGGUCCAUCGCAGCAGCAUGGGGCGAUGCAGCUGUGACAUGAACCCCUCAUGUGCUCUUUGCAGCACUCGGAGCUCAGUGCCUCCAGAAAUCCAGUAUGAAGCCCCUUUGAUGGAGCGCCUCUCGCAGCUGGACUCCUGCAUCCACCCUGUUCUCUCAUUCCCAGAUGAUGUACCAAUGAGUUUGCAUUUCCAGAGCAUGUUGAAAUCCCAGCUGCAGAACAAGCCCUGUGAGAAAAUCAAACCACCCAAAAAGCUGACGCUGAAGCAUCGGCCAACCAUGCCUCCCAGUGGCCUGUCUGACUCUGCGCGCAAGGAUCGUCACAAACUAGUUAAUACCUUCUUAGCUGCAGCUACUUGCUCGCAUCACAAAACCGAGCCAGACAAGGCACACAGGCAGUCCUUAGACGAUCUAAGGGCUGCUCCCAAGGUCGAGAGAGCGCCUGAGCGCUCGCUUAUCCUGACUCCAGUUCAUGAGAGAAAGCGAUUGCGGGACAGCUCCUCCGAGAGAAGUGAAGUGUUGAAGCACCAUACAGAUAUUGGAGGGCCAAGCUAUCUGUCCAGCACCAUGGCCUCCACAGCUCACAGUCCCCUCGUGCGGCAGCUGUCCACCUCCUCGGAAAACUCCCUCCCGCCUGCCAGUGCAAGCUCACUGGGCACCUCUAAUGCGUCUCAGCAGCCAAGGAGGCGGAGAGGGGAAAGCUCUUUUGACAUUAACAACAUUGUCAUCCCUAUGUCAGUAGCUGCAACAACCCGGGUAGAAAAGCUGCAGUACAAGGAAAUCAUCACACCAAGCUGGCGCGUGGUGGAUAUCAGUGCCCUGAAGGUGAACCCAGAUGAAGACAAUGAAGAGAUAGAGGAUCUUUCUGAUGCAGCCUUUGCCAGUCUCCAUGCCAAAUGUGAGGAGAUGGAGCGGGCGAGGUGGCUGUGGAGCACAUGCAUGCCACCUCAGCGCCGGGGCAGCAGGUCUUACAGAUCUACAGAUGGACGGACAACCCCACAACUGGGGAACCCCUCUACCCCACAACCAGCAUCACCCGAUGUUGGCAACUGCUACGUGCAUUCUGACUUCUCCCAUACCCACUCUCCAUGCAGUCCCAUCAGCCCUGACCUACUCUCUGGGCCCCCCACCUCUUCUCUAUCCCGGGACUCCAUGCGGCAUUUCUCCAGUGAGGAUACACGAUGUUCCACACCUGAAUCUGGCCUUGAUGAACAGACAGUGCAACCCUGGGAACGGCGCAGCUUCCCUCUGUCCUACAACCCCAAGACAGAGUGUGAGGACCAUUUGGACCCCCAGGACCGGUCAUCACGAUGCACGCGGCGCACCUCUGGCAGCAAACCCUCCCGAGAAACAGAUGGAGCCCCCACCUCACCCACUCUCGCUUGCCUCAAGAACCGGAAUCCUGGGGCAGUGGCCACAGUGCAGCGGCCAGCCCACAGAUAAAAUAUGGACAGGAACAUGAGAGCAAAAAGCAAUCCACCAAACUAACUUUUGGCAUUAAAGCUUCUGAAAUCUGCGUUUGAUAUUCAAACAUCUUGCCGGGAAUUUUCACAGUUUUUAGUGAAUUUAAGGAGUUUAGAAACUGUUUUAUUUCCUCCUCACCCUUCUUUCCAUGUUUCCUUGUCACACACACCUUCUUCAGUGCUGUGUGGUCUACUGAGGAGAGCAAACUUGCUUCCCCCUCCCCGUGCUUAGGUGUACCCUUCUUGAACAGGAGGAUGGGGCAGACUAAUUGACUUCGGAAAAUUCGUUCUCCCAUUAAAGGGGUACUUCCCCCUUUUUCUUUUGCUGUUUGUUGUCUGUUCUCCUCACUCACCACCAUCACUAUGUUCUCCCCUUCCCCUAAGAUUCUAGUGGAGUGAAAUUAGUGGUGAAAAGUGACGUCUUCUGAAUGCAGUUUCCUUCACGAUCUGUUCUGCUCGUGGCACUAGAAAGCACUUGCAAUGCAAAACCCUCUGUCACUUGGUUUUCUCAAAGGGAUGGCUUUCAUUCCCAUAUGUAAGCUCAGUGGAGCUCUCCUCCUGCAUAAUUUCACCUGCAUUCACCUUUUCUACUAUCUGUUGAUGCAUUUGAGUCCAUCUCUCAGAUUUAAAGAGGAAGCAUUCUUGGUUGUGCAAGACAGUUUCCCAUCAUCAGAUUGGAUGCAGUUUUUGUUUUCAAUUUGGAACAGUUCUGUUCCAAUCAUACCGUUUUGAGUUAUUUUUAAAUGGCAAGUUAAGUGGGAAGAAAGCUGUCAGCUCAGCAUUUCAAAAGGAGCAGUUUUCCAUGACAGAACACUGAAGACCUGCUUUGCUAUAUGUGAUUUGUAACUCUCCUCUUCCCUUGACCUGCCGUUAAUUAUUAAUACUUGUGUGUUUCUUUUUAGUUUUGCACUUGGCCCAUAGUUUGAAAGUUGCAGUAGAUGAUGCAUCUACUGUUGCUAGAUUGCAAUACAGUAACAUUGAGCCUUAAGUACUGGGAGAUAUGUCACAGGAAUCCAGCAACUUUGCUACCCCAGACCCAUAAGCCAUAUUUUAACGAGUGGUAUAAUUUCAGUAUUGUUUUCUCCAGCCCUCUGUAAAAAAAUGUAAUCUAUGCAUUGCUUGAGAUUACAUCCUGCAUUGUAAGGCACAUUUGAGUACCUACAUGUCAUGUUUUUGGUUUUUUUCAGGGAAAGGUAGGACUUUGUUUUUCACCACUACUGUGUAACUCCACUUCCAUACAAAACUUAUUUGAAAGCAAACUUCUCAGUCAGGUGUUGUUGUUUUUUUUAACUUCUGAUAACUUAUUGGGCUGAUUACUACCAAGCUCAAGAGGUAUUUAAUUUUAAAAGGCCACCGCCAUCAUUUCCCACCUUCUGUGGCUCCCAGAUUCUGCACACCGAUCCAUCUGUAAUGUUCUUCUGACCCUAGCGGUGUGGCUGUUGGUCCCUGUCCUGUUGUUAGCAUUGCGCCUGUCUUAUGUAUUAAUCACAUCACCAAAAAAGGAAAAAAAGACAUUUUUCUCAUUUUGUAAUCGUAACGAAAUAGUAGCUAAACUGCUUAAUGGUUGGGGUUUUUUCACAAUUUUCAACAUUACCUAAUGUUUUUGGUUCUGUUCUAGUUUAAUUUCUUUUUUAAAAAAGAGGAAAAAACCCAAUGCUACCAUAUCCCUCUGCAUUAAGUGCUUUUCUAUUUAUAAGGUUGAAAAUUCUGAAUAACCCUCUUAGCGUUAUAAAGGAAAAAUCCACAAAAAAACCACCUUGUAUUUUGUAAAUAUUUCUUUUCCUGCUUCAAGCUGUGUAAUGUCCUUGUUAUAUAGAAACGCUUUUCUUCAGAGAAGCUGAUCUUUGUUUAAUGUCUUGAUUCUGUUGGCCAAAGCACAAAUGUGUGCUUAUAAAAAAAAGAUUAAAAAAAUUAAAAAGUUAAGAAAAAGUUGUGCUAAAUCUCUUUUUUGGGUAGGUGGAGGGGGAAGAGUAUCAGUAUAGAAUAUUAGCAAGGUAUGUUGGCAUGAUCUGAACUGCUUUACAAAUUGGAGUAAUGGUAAAUCAUUAAUGAUUUAAACUUGGGAAAUACAGAAGGACCCCAUAUCCAUAAGGGAUCAGUUCCACGCCCACCACCCCAAAAAGCGUGGAUUAUAGCUAACAGUCUGUUGGAACCAGGGCUCCGCUGUGCCUGCACUUUUUAUCCUGAUGGAGCCUCUAUGUGUAAGAGCGGAGUUGAAAUCUUCACUUGGUUUCUGUACUGAAGACUACCAUCUUUCUCACGCACAAUGUCUCUGUGGGCUUUCUUUGAAGACAAUUAAGAAUUCAUUUCCUUUUUUGCUGAGGAGUGUUAAGGAAGAAGGUAGGAAGGGUGGGAGGCAGGAAACCUCAGAAGGCAGUUAGGCAUACAUUAGUGCACCUCCUCCUGCAUUGCCAGCUAGUCCACUUUUACGACGCCGCUCUGGAAGGAAACUGCCUGGACUAGGUACAAUGUUGAAGGCUUUUCUAUAUAACAUAGUGUGUACCAGUAGGAAGUGUGCUCUUCAGAGAAGGUGCUUUUCCCCCCCGGUCCAUAGCUGGAAGGUGUAUGUCAGUGGUUCCCAA